AGAAACCUAUUGGCAGAUCCUGUCUUCUGCUUUGUAAACAAUAACAGACACCCGUUCACAAUCAUGCUCGCACAAUUUAGGGUACUGUGUAACUCCCUCCACGCAUUCCCUCAAACCCUGAUACAGUUUUCGAGACGGUUGGGCACCCAAGGAAAAACUAUUUUUGCUUUAUCAUCUGGAAGGGGAAAAUGUGGCGUGGCUGUGAUAAGGGUUUCCGGACCUCGGUCUGGCGUUGUUCUUUCAGCUCUCGCCGGCGACACCAGUUUACUUAAGCCAAGGAUGGCUCAACUCAGAACACUUCGCAAUCCACAGUCGAAAGAAAUACUAGACAAAGCCAUUGUUAUUUGGUUUCCAGGACCGAAAAGUUUUACUGGUGAAGAUACUUGUGAGUUCCAAGUCCACGGCGGUCUAGCAGUCAUAAGCGGGCUUUUGGAAACAAUUGGAAACAUUCCAGGUAUUUUUCCAGCUGACCCAGGUGAGUUUUCAAAGAAGGCUUUCUUUAAUGGAUCCAUAGACCUCACAGAGGCGGAGGGAUUGGCAGACUUAAUUCAUGCUGAAACAGAAAUGCAGCGAAGACAAGCAAUAUACCAAAUGAGUGGAUCACUUCACACAUUAUAUGAUGGAUGGAGAAAUACUCUUCUCCAGAGUUUAGCUCAUGUUGAAGCCUACAUUGACUUCAGUGAAGAUGAAAACAUAGAGGAUGGCAUUAUGCAUGAUGUAAAAGAUUCUAUAACAAAAUUGGCCCAAGAAGUCCAGGGCCAUUUGGCAGAUGGACAGAGAGGCCAAAGGUUGCGGGAUGGUGUGCAAGCAACAAUUGUAGGAGAGCCCAACGUAGGAAAAAGCAGUUUACUCAAUUUACUAUGUGAUAAACCUGCUGCCAUUGUCACAGCGAUUGCAGGCACCACUAGAGAUGUGGUAGAACAGUACAUAAAUAUUGGUGGGUAUCCCUUAUUACUUGCAGAUACUGCUGGGAUAAGAGGAGACUGCUCAGCAGUAGAUGCUGUUGAAAAGGAAGGAAUUGCUCGUGCUAAACAGUUUGCCAAAGUGGCAGAUGUAAUACUGCUUGUUAUUGAUACGAUGCAGUUUUUGAAUUGCUUGGACAGUCAAGAAAUUACUGAAGAAUUUAUCUGUAGAUACAUCCAGGAGCAUUUGAUGCACUUAGGUUUACUUAAUGUGAAUAAAAGCAGGCAAAUUUUAAAACGGUUGCAACAACCUUCAACAGAGACUGUUGAGAACGGGCCCUUCUAUAUCAUAAUUUUUAAUAAAGUUGAUCUCGUUGUAGAGCAACAUGCAAAGAGGUCUAUAAAUAACUUACAGAGCCAAUACCAAAAUGUUGUGGCUCUUUCAAGUCUUACUAAAGAAGGAUUGUCUCAGUUGCUAUUUAGGAUGGAACAGAUGCUGGAAAUUUUGUGUGGAAAUCCUUGUCAAGAGAGCCCUGCUUUAAGUCAAGUUCGACAUCGUCUUCAUUUGACUGAUUGUGUUGAUUACCUACAUGACUACUUACACAAAACAGUUAAAAUAUCUGCCUCAGAGAUCAACUCUCUUAAAGAAGACUCUCAUGGAAUUGAUCUUGCUAUUUGUGCAGAGGACCUUCGUAAAGCUGCUUACCAUCUCGGAAGGAUUACAGGUCAUGUAACAACUGAACAAAUUCUGGAUGUGAUAUUCAGGGACUUUUGUAUUGGCAAAUAAAAUUAAUGGAACAAUA